AUGUCACGCAUGAGAGGAUACCUCAUGCGCGAUGGCGUGAACCCCUCGCCAUCCCAGCGCUCGUCGCAGAACUCUGACCGCUUGAUGACGGUGUCCGAGCUGGGGACGUCGAAGUCCCUGGGAACCUACAGCGAUGACUUUUCGAGUCUCAUGAGUGGCUCUUCGUCGCAUAGACGUGGCUCGACAAACACCUCGACUUCCGACGCAGAGCGCCAACUGCAGCUGGACCACAUGCAUCAGCAGAUCCUUGCCGAGUACGAGGGAGGCAGGGAAACCUUGAUGAUAUAUCAACGCAGCUAUCGCGCAGCUGUAGAACGCUUUCUCUCGUUUGCAAGUGAGAACAAGCAGGUCUAUACGAAGGUGAUGGACCUUCAUCAGCAGGUGGAAAAACAAUUUGAGAAGAACCAGGGCAGCGCUGCCGCCCAGCUCGCUGUACACCUGCGGGUUAUCGUGAAUGUUAGUCUGCUAUAUUUCCGCAGCGACGACUCUAACUCGUCGCUGGCGCACAUGCUAAUCAAGUCUCCGUACAUGACGUACCAGGCCUUCCAGGACGCCAUCCAAGAGGUUUGGCGCACGCAUACUUCGAAACUGUCUGUCGCUCCUCCUAAGCUGGGGAUUUGUGGUUGGUUGGGGCGUCACCACGUGACUCCGCGUGGGCUGUGCAGCAGCAUGAUCAACACUCUGACGGCCGUCGAGGGUGUGGUUAACAAGUGUUCCACCGUUUGUCCGAAGCUUUCACAGUCGGUUUAUGUUGGCGAGCCAAUUUACGACAAGAUGCACGAAUCCGAGAAGACGGUUCACCUGCGUAACCACUAUGACCUCACGGAUUUCACCAAGACUGCGAAGGACAACGGCCUGCCGCCUAGUGCUGACCCCGAGGGUAAAGUAGUGCAUCGCCAGGAGAUUGGUCUUAGCAGCUACCGCAAUUACCAAACUUUCGUUAUACAGGAGACUCCUGAGGAUUCAUUCACCGGCCAGAUGCCCCGAUACGUCUCCGUGAUAGUACAGGACGACCUGUGUAACGUGGUCCAGUGCGGAGACCGCGUUCGCGUCUGGGGAGUGUACCGUGCAGGUUGCGGUCGCGCUGAUGACACCAACAACGGUAUCGGUCGCGGUUACUUGGUUGCAAACUACGUUGCUAUCCGUAACAAGUUGGCUACCAGGCUGUCCAAUGAGAUCACCGAUGACGAUCGCGCCAAGUUCAAACAACUGGCCCAACGGGAAGACUGCCUGAGCAUUUUAACUCGUUCUAUGGCUCCUUCUAUCUGCGGUCACGAGAUCGUGAAACGCGGCCUUCUGCUGUCCUUGGUCGGCGGGCAGGCCAGCGACGAGUCCAGUGAUCAUCGCAUUAGGGGUGACAUUCACGUACUGCUUGUAGGUGAUCCAGGUUGCGGUAAGUCCCAGAUGUUACGCUUCGUGAUGAACCUGCUACCGGGAACGGUAUCGACCACCGGUCGUGGUUCUACCGGUGUGGGUCUUACUGCAGCUGUGGUCGUUGACCAGGAAACUGGUGAACGCCGCGUCGAGGGAGGCGCCAUGGUGAUGGGCGACCGUCGUAUCGUCUGUAUCGAUGAGUUCGACAAGAUGCAGCCGAGUGAUCGUGUUGCAAUUCACGAAGUGAUGGAGCAGCAGACGGUGACCGUCGCUAAAGCGGGCAUCCACACCACACUGAAUGCUCGCUGCACGGUUCUCGCCGCCGCCAAUCCGUCAUACGGCUGUUGGAGUGAGGAUAUGGAUGUCUCGCAGCAGUUGUGUUUCGAGCGUUCUCUGAUUUCUAGGUUCGACCUCAUUUUCGUCGUUCGUGACUCCGCCACCGAAGCGGAGGACGAGCGCAUCGCUGAGGCCGUUCUACGCAAUCUCACCCAGAAGUCCAAAGUGAUAACUGCGCACAAGAAUUCCGCGCAGUCUGGUCGUCCCGGUGGCGCACCUAGUUGCGUCAUUCAGCCAGUCGAGGGAGACAUGAACCAAGAAGCCUUCGCCAAUGCCACCUUCGACGGUUUCCACUGGGAGGAGCAGUGGGUGCCGACUGCAGCCGCACCCGCUAGGGCGAAGAAGGCAAAGUCCACGGGCAAGGGGGCUGAUGGUUUCCUCAAGAGCCGGUCGGAGAUGACGUACAUCGACUGCCAGGGCGUCGAGCACGACGUCGUGGAUUCGUCCUUUUUGCGCAAGUACAUUCACUACUGCAAGUACCUGUUCUACCGUGAGAUGGAAGCCAUGGAGGGAUGGCGCGCGUCCCCCGAGAUCAGCGAGGUUGCUCGCCGUGCCAUAGUGUCUCUCUAUUCCCAGCUUAGAAACCGGGCGCAGCAGUCUGAGAAGCACCGACUGAAGCUUCCGCAGGCAGUCACUCCUCGUACCUUGGAGGCCAUCAUCCGUCUCUGUGUGGCUUACACGAAAUUGCAGUUGAAGCGCUGGGUUACCACUGACUGUGUCGCCGCCGUGGGAAAGCUGCUGAACUACACGCUUUUUGGUGAUGCUUACGACGUUUUCGAGACUGAAACGGAACCCACAUCUGAUUUCGAGGACGAGCCGAUGUCUGAUGAGUCGCCUAAACGCAUGCGUCCGCGCCGGGCCGCUGCUGCUGACUCCACAUCAACUGCCCCCGUUGGCGAGAUCACCGGACGCGAAGAACAGAGACCAUCAGAAGGCAAAGCACAGAGCACCGCCCAAUCUUCUGAGGUGGAUGAAAACAACACGGCAACGCUCCUGUCAUGUUUGCGUAAACUCGACACUGGUGAUGGUGUCGACCUGUCGGACCUUUACAUAGAGUUCUCGAGAUCGGUGCGCAUGUCCAUGGAUGAUUUCAAGAAGUUCCUGCAGACUCUGCACAACCAGGAACCGUCUCCGAUCGUCUAUUCGGAGGAAGCCUUCAUGGUCUUCAGUUGCUGA